GGUGUCUGGCGAGCCGUGGAGCGCGUCCUCGGAGCCCCCUGGGUCCUUCUCCGCCAUCACUGGAGCCCGAGAAAGCACCGAACAGGCUUACACACCCCGUAUCCUGUCUGUGUCUUCGAGUCGAGAAAGAUUAAAACCCUCCAAGAAGGCGCUGCUGUUGCUACUACUACACCAACCGAGGAAGGGGAAGGAGCGGCUGUAAGCACCUUGACUUAUUCAAGGAACAUGAGUGGGUCCGUAGGGACCCCCAGUCCGAACCCAGCGGAGUGUGCCUCACGUGCGUCAUCGGAGCAGGGCAUCGAUGAGGUAAUCACCGUGGAUCAGCUCACGCAAGAGAUGGGAACGGUGACAAUAACCGUGGCCAUUCAAGCGGCAGAGGACGAGGAACCAGAGGAAGUGUCAGCCAGUAGUAUUAACUUCAUUGGAGGCAGCUGUAGUGAGGAUGAAAUCGGAAGACAUGACAAAUCAAGCGGGGCCGGGACCAGUGGAGGGGAGCUGGAGGAGGAGAGUUGGCAGCCCCCAGAUUCAGAGCUCAUCCAGAAGUUGGUCGCUCAGAUCGAGUACUACCUGUCUGACGAGAACCUGGAGCAUGAUGCCUUCCUGCUCAAACAUGUGAGACGCAACAAACUUGGAUUUGUCAGCGUCAAGUUGCUCACCUCGUUCAAAAAGGUGAAACACUUGACUCGUGACUGGAGAACAACCGCUUAUGCACUGAAACACUCAAAGAUACUUGAGCUGAAUGAUGAGGGGCGUAAAGUACGGCGUAAAUCUGCAGUGCCAGUCUUUGCUAGUGAGUCGCUGCCUAGCCGCAUGCUGCUGUUAAGUGAUCUGCAGAGGUGGCCAGAGCUUGCUGUUCUUACUAAGGAUAAUGGAGGCAGCGAGGGAGGAGCCGCUCAGCAGGAGCAGCUGAUGAAGCUGUUGCUGAAAGCGUUUGGAACAUAUGGCGCCAUCGCCUCUGUCAGAGUCCUGAAGCCCGGGAAGGAUCUGCCAGCUGACCUGAAAAGGCUGAGCGGUCGCUACACUCAGCUAGGCAUUGAGGAAUGUGCCAUUGUAGAGUUUGAGGAGGUUGAGGCUGCUGUUAAAGCCAAUGAAGCUGUGGGGAGUGAUGAUGGAAAGGCCAGUUCACUGGGGUUGAAAGUGGUACUGAUUGGAACCAAGCCGCCCAAGAAGAAGGUAUCCAAAGAACGGCCACGUGAGGAGGGAGGGAUACGUAAAAGUCACUCACUCAACAGCAGAGUGCGAGAGCUACAGUAUCAUGGGGAUGACUCGGCCUGCAGCUCCUCAGAGACUGAGAGCAACCCUACAUCCCCUAGGCUGGCCAGGAAGUCCCAAUCUUGCAACAAGCUCAGCCCCACUACUGCAGGCAUCAGCUUCCAGAACAAUCACCUGAGUCCUAGUAUGUCUCCGCGUAAUAGUCCCUGGUCUAGCCCCCGUGGCAGCCCCUGUCCUCAGCGCAAAACUCCUCAUUCCCAAAAGUCUCCUUUAGCCAGUGAGGGCAGACUCAGCCCUGAGGCUGGGUGCCGCUGGGCAGACUACUCGUCAGACAGUAGCCUCACCCCUUCAGGGAGCCCAUGGGUCCAGCGGCGCAAGCAGGUAGCAUCUCAGGAGAGCAGUCCAGUUGGCAGCCCGAUGCUGGGUAGAAAAAUCCAGAAUGCUGAUGGCCUGCCACUGGGUGUAAUGAGGCUGCCAAGGGGUCCAGAUGGAACCCGUGGCUUUCACUGUGUCACUGCUGCUGAGGACUUGAUAUGCGGAGCAUCAUUAUGCAUUCCUUAACCCCAGAAAUGAAAUGAUGUAUUGGAAGUCUGGCUGUGUCACUCAGCCCCCACCCCACAUUUGAACUGUGUAAGAUGUAUUUUUGUUCAGUUUUCAGUCUAUUUUUUUAUAAAACAUUGAGUUUCCAUAGUAACAUUAGUAAUUGACUAAUGGAAAUUUGAGUGAAUGUCAAAUGAUAUUGCUUUGAGAGGAAACUUUACAAAUGCCAUUAAAAUGGACCGUGUCAACUCCAUUGCUGUCAAAACAUGUUCUACAUGGGGCAGGUCAGAGAGGGGAAUGUUUUCUUUUCCUCUUUUUUUUUUUUUUUAAAUUUGAAAACCAUCUCUGUCUUGUGUGUGUAAAAGCUCAACACUGUCUGUAGAUGGUGUAGAGAUACAGGUUGGCAUAGGCACAUGGGCCUGAUGGCAAUAUCACCAUAUGUCUUGUCUGUAUUUCUCUUUCAUUUUUAAAAUUACAUGGUUUUUGAACUGAGAUCACAACUGCUCCUCUGCCAUAAAGCUUGAACUGAUUUUUGCCUUUUUUUUGAGUAUUUUCAGUAUGCUGUGAUUUAGUUGGGGUCUUGUUUUGCCCUGUAAAUGUUGAUUUGUUUUGUGAGUAGCUUUUUUUUUUUUUUGUUUUUGAACUUAUUUUUUUCUGGGCAGAUGUUUUUAUCAGUCUAAGCUCACAGUGAGGUUUGAGGGAUGUUCAGGUCAGGCAGAAUAGAUGCUUGUGUUCUUGCCUUUACAUCUGAACUGGGGUAUUUGUACAGUUCAAUUUCUAUUGUACAAAUAAAUCACUGAAAUUGCA